CCCUGAGCCCUAAACAACCGGCGGGCCCAAAACCUUGUUGAGGUGGCAGCAGAAGAUGUUUUGCAUGUGAGCGCGGAGACCUGCAAAGCGGCGCCGCCAGCGGUUUGCGUUUUGUCUGAAAUUGGCGGAAGGGGAUUUGUGUGCGCGAAUAGAAGAAGAAUACACAAAGAUUCAAAGAUAAGGAAGAGUAGUGGAAAGCCAAAUUUACAUCCAUUGCGGGCUCUCAAGCCAUGGAACGGUACCAGAGGGUUGAAAAACCACGGCAGGAGGCUCCAAUAAGUGAGAAUGAAAUCCGUAUUACCACGCAAGGAAGAAUGCGAAAUUAUAUUACAUAUGCAACUACAUUGCUUAAGGAUAAAGGAUCAUCUGAAAUAGUCCUGAAAGCUAUGGGAAGAGCGAUUAACAAAACUGUGACAAUUGCUGAAUUAAUCAAGAGAAGGAUUGCUGGUCUUCAUCAAAAUACAAGCAUUGGAUCAACUGAUAUUACUGAUACAUGGGAGCCACUAGAGGAGGGGCUUCUCCCGCUUGAAACAACACGACAUGUCUCUAUGAUUACAAUUACUCUGUCUACCAAAGAGCUGGACACCAGCUCAACUGGGUAUCAGCCACCUCUGCCAGAAGAUCAAGUUAAACCAUGGACUGAAUUUGAGUAUGAAGGAGAGGGCUCGCAUGGAGGAAGAGGCAGGGCACGUGGUGCUCGGGGGAAAGGUAGAGCAAGAGGGAAUGGCAAAUUUGGUGGUGAAUAUACUGGUGAUGUGAAUUGGGAAAGGGGCCGUGGUUCAGGUCAGGGUAGUGGUAGAGGACGAGGAAAGGGUUAUGGUGCUGUAACAGUCCAGCAGAAUGCAGGUGGAUACAAUGAUAUUGACACAUCAGAAAUGCCUGUACAAGACUCCAGGCGUGGGCGUGGGCGUGGGCGUGGGCGUGGUCGUGGUCGUGGUCGUGGUCGUGGCCGUGGCAGAGGAAGAGGCCAUGGAAGAAUCUACAGCGUCAUAUCAGAUGGACCAAUAGAAGGAGGACCUGUGGCAGCUUGACUUUGGGAAAAUUAGCAUUACAAUAUAUGAAUGUCUGGUCAAUGGUGCUUGGAAUUUUCAGAGUUCAUUAUAUUUUUACCUUGGUGUCUAUCAAAGAGUCUCCCCUUGGGAGGGAUGGCUGUUUUCUGUAUAUCUUUUAUGAAAGUGUUUCAUUCAUUGUUAAACUUGUUUUUCCUUUCAGUUUCAUGGAGGGUGAUUUGUAUGUUUUCUGUUUUAAAAAUAGAACAGUAAAUUCAUUUAUUCA